CGACCUGCGAUCAUGGCGUCCGCCGGCCAGCGCUUGCUUGGUUUCGGUGACGCUACGUUCUCCGAAACAGACCAGGACGCAAACUCAGCGUUGACUGAACUCGACAAAGGCCUCCGUUCGGGCCGCCUGGGCGAGCAAUGCGAGACGAUCGUUCGGUUCCCGCGCCUCUUCGAGAAGUACCCAUUCCCGAUCCUCAUCAACUCGGCUUGCUUGAAGCUGGCUGAGGUGUUCCGUGUCGGGAGCAACUUUCUCCGCAUGCUGGUGCUCAAGGUGGUGCAGCAGAGCGAGCGGCACCUCGACAAGGUGCUCAACAUUGACGAAUUCGUGCGUCGAAUCUUCUCCGUCAUGUACAGCAACGACCCCGUCGCCCGCGCGCUCACGCUCAGGACGCUGGGCAGUAUAGCUGCCAUAGUGGCCGAGCGCAAGGACCUGCACCACAGCAUUCGCAGCAGCCUCGAGUCUCACGACGCCGUGGAGCAGGAGGCGGCCAUCUUUGCGGCAGCACGCUUUGCUGCCCAGUCCAAGGCGUUUGCGGCCAACAUGUGUACCCGCAUCGGACAGAUGAUUCAGGGCCUUGCGACACCGGUGGACACCAAGCUUCGCCUGCUGGGCGUGCUCGAAGGUCUUCACCAGGACGCCCCCACUGCUGCUCUGGUGCGGGAUGAGUGUUUGCACCGACUACUGCCCCGCUACCCAUCCCAGAGCCUGGUGCAAGCCACACUGCGGGUGCUCACCCGGCUGGCUGCCGCUACCGUCACCCACAUUCCCAGCCAGAUUGGGACGCUGGUGGAGUACCUGAGGGAUGACCCCCGGGAGGGCGUCAAGGCCCAGGCCCUGGAUGACCUCUGCCUGCUGGCCACUGAGCAGCCUCACCUAUGGGAUACGGACAGCGUGCAUGCGGUGGUGCAGUAUGCACUGAGCACUCCAUACCUCAACCUCAAGUGCGGCGCUCUCUCCGUGCUGGUGCUGCUGGCCCAGUCAGUUGCCGUCGACAAGUUUGACCUGAUGCCAGAGGGCCCCGUGCUGCAGCUCUGCCGUGAGGGCAUCUUCCAUCACCAGGUGCGGCUGGCAUCGGCCUCUAUUCGGCUCCUCACACACCUGGCCAUCCACGCGGCUCGCGAGGACCUGCUGGAUCUCAUGCCAGAGGUGUCGAGCGCCAUUGAGACCCUCCUGAUGAUCCUCUGCACCCAGGAGUCUGACAGUAAUGACUCCAGCCAGGCUCUCAAGGGUUGCCUGCGGUGCAUUGUGCUACUGUGCGAUGCAGACCCAGACCUCUGCAGCCAGUUUGUGGACGUGCUGGGUUCCUUCCUCUCUUUCUGGUCAGGGGCAGCCAUGUUGUCUGUGUGCGAAGGCCUGUGCGCCCUGGGAAGCCGUCGGUGUGGGGUGCUGAGCCGCAUCGAGCCUCGCAUCCGACAGCUUCUCAGCACAGCCAACAGGGGCGCCAUGCCACCGAUCCCUCCCAAGGCCCUGGUGUUGCUGUGGACACUCGUGCUGCAGGCAGGUGUGGAAAGAGGCUCUGUUCCCAUCUCCUUGGACGAAGGUUUGACAGGCAUGGAUGCCUGGAGCGUGUACAAAAUUGCGCGGCAAGCCACCCGCUACGGACACUUCGCGGCCGCUGCACCACUCUUUGCCAGUCUUGCCAAUAAGGUGAGCUCGGAGCAGCUGCACUUCUGGCUGGUGAGCCUGGCCGAGCUGUGCCGAGCUGAGGAGAACCUGCUGGUGCGCACAGGCCAGGCGCAGCUGACGGACGCCCUCACCCACUAUGUGCGGGCUAUCUCGGCUCUCAAGGCGGCCACGACGCCGGCGCAUGCGCUGCAGUUCCAGGCGGAGUACGUGCGGCUGCGCUGCGAGGGGGUGCGGGCGCACGCCCAACUGCUGCAGGCAUGCGGCUGCCUCCGCACGGCACCCCCGCCAGCCAUUGCCGCUUCCGUCGCGUCGGCCACCCGGGACGAGCUGCAGAAGUGCGGCCGUGUUGUGGCACAGCUGCGCAAGUGUUCCCGUGACUUCAAGUCCCUUGCCGACCAGUACGGGGUGCUGUACCAGACAUUGUUCGACGCAGACCCGGGCACACUGCGCAACGUCCAACUGUUGCAGCAGAAUAGCCUGCUGGUCAUGCAGGCAAUUGACCGCAUCUCCCAGUACAACCAGGGCAUCAACUCGAACGAGGAAGGUGGCAGCCUGAUGUGGAUGGAGCAGCAGCCAAGCUCCGGCUCCUCCUCACUCAGCGAGCACCGGCUCCUGGAAGCAGCACACCGGGGGCUGCUCUGGCUGCGUGACCUGCGCCACCAGAACACCCUCACUCCACAGCAGGUGCAGCUGGUGGAACGGCUGAGCCAGGAGCUGGUGCUGGUGGCCCCAUGUUUGCCACGCUUCUUCUUCCAAGCCCUGCAGGCCACCACGAUCAAGCUGGCUGUGUCGCCCCAGCAGAAAGGAACGGGUGAGCCCUUGUUCUUGGCACAGCAGGCACAGCUGGCACUGCGUGUCGAGGGCGUCGUGCAGCAUCGGUCACCACCAGGGUCACCUGCCCGCACCGUCCACAAGGUGCUCGUCUCCCUCACCACCACACCACCCGGCAGGAGCCAGAACGCUGCACCAGACACCAAGAGCUCAGCGGGAGGUGGCGGCGACAUUGUGCAGCUGAGCGAGGUGGUGCAGCCGCACAACGACUACUUCCAGGCCCAGUUCCUGGUUGCGCUCACGGGACAAGGCCUGCACACGGUCACCAUCGAUACAGCCGUGCUCGACGCCCAGCACACCCUGUGGAAGACCGGCCCGCAGGUGUCUCUGACAGUCAAGUGCCAUGAUGAAGCCAAGACAUCUGCAUCCAUGGCUGGACCAUCUGGCAUGGCAUCUGCACUGAAGCCCUCCCUGGGGGCAGCACCUCCCCCUCAGGCCUUUCCCACGCCAGCACGCGUGCCCUGAAUGAGUACGCGUGUGCAUGAACAGUACGAUACUAGUGGCAGCUGUUCUGUCUGAAGAAUCAUCGCUUCCCUCUGUCUGGAGGCUAGUGUUUCAUGGCUGCACAGCGACUUCUCCUGUGGAUGAAACUGGCUGCGGAUGGCUCAGGCCUCUCACACGAGGAAAUGCUGUUUAGGACAUUGUACACUGGACUGAAAAUACUUCGCAACAUGUGUCGCCUUCAAUUUCACUUCUCUCAGGCAUGGUAGAAGCACCUAGUAGCCUGAAUAUUCAUUGUAUCUAUUUAUUUAGGCUAAGGAUCUCAAGUAUUCAACUUUCACAAUGUCAUUUGAAAGCAAACAGCUCUGUACACUUGAAGCGCCUCUUUUCUCCAAACUUUUUGGUCUGGUUCCUGGGAAAUAGCAGUGUUUGCAUGGGGCUCUUCUUAUAUCAAGGGAUUUCUACAGGGAGUUUCUACACGGCAUUUGUACAAACAACUCGCCAUGCUUAGUGAAGGCACAGUCGGGCCUGCCCAUAGCCUUCUAGGCAUACCUCAUAGCCAGGCUGUGACCUUGACGCAUAAAAAUUCAUUGGACAAUCCGGCAGGACGAAAUGGCAGAUAUGUGACGUUUUCCUAAUAAAUACGGUACUUAAUUUCUA